CUGACCUGGUGGACUACUCAAGAGUUCCGCUAGUUGCGGGUGAGCACAAUCUAUUUCAAGCGCUGGUAAUACGCUUGGUCUUGCGCGAAUUGGAGACAGCUGCGGGAUGCCGACCAGCGAGGACAAGUUCCCAGUGGAGGACCUCAAAGGCCUCCUCUCCCAAACCCUAGGAAACGACAUCGAGAUAAUCGAAACAAGCUGGAAGAACCUGACGGACCCCGGUGAGAAUUUCGGUAGUUUAAUCCUCGCAGUGAACGUAGUCUUCACCAAGAGUUCCUCCAAAAAGAUCUUACACACUGUCGUAAAGCUCCCGCCACCCUCAGCCUACCUCCUCCAGCUCUUCAACUCUCCCGCGACCUUCAACAAAGAACUCGUCUUCUACCGAGACGUAACGCCAGCAUUUCUGCAACUCCAAAAGGACAAUGGGAUCACAGACGCCGAAUCAUCCUGGCUAGGGCCACACUACUACGGCGGACGCCUCGGACUGAUGCCUAACAAAUUCGAUGAUCAAGCUUGCAUAGUCCUGGAGAAUUUGAACUACUCUGGCUACAGAAUGAUCGAUCGUCUCGACGGCCUAACCAGAGAUCAGACCGAAUACGCAGUUAAGCAGCUCGCCAAGCUCCACGCAAUCACAAUUGCGACAAGAAUUCAGAAGCCAAAAGUGUUCGAAAAUGUGGUAAUGCCAGCGCUUGAGAAUUCUGCGAACGACGAGGCUAUCUCAUGUGUGAUGGACAUGAUAAGAAAAGCAGUCACUGAUCUGGGAAAUAUCCCGGAGGCAAAGGAGGAUAUGGAUGACGUUCACAAGACCAUUGAGAGCAUGACGGAGCUGGAGAAAGCCAUGGAGAAGGACGAAAACUGGUUUACAUUCGUCCACAGUGAUUUCUGGGGCAACAACAUGAUGUACAAGUUCAAGGAGAACUCGGACGAGAUCAUCGACAUAAAGAUCGUUGAUUUUCAACUGGGUAAUUAUGAUUACGGGGUCAAGGACCUCAUUUUCUUCUUGAUCUCAAGCCCGAGGAUCGAAUUGACGGAGGGGAUCUUUGACGACAUGGUGAGGCUGUAUUACGACUCGUUCGUGGAGUCUCUGAGGAGAUUUAAUGUGGAUGCGACGAGGUUUACGAGGGAGAAGUUAUUGAGGCUGCUUGAUAUGUGUGGACCGUUGAAACUAGCGCAGUGUCUGGCGAUGACGCAGGUCAUUAAGUCGGUUCCUGGAUCAGCACCGAAGAUGGAGAACAUCGAGAAUAAGGAGAAUUUCUUGCAAAUCGGGGGUGGGGAGGCUUAUCGGAAUAAAUUGCUGCAAGUGUUGCACAUUUUUAAGAAACGCGGAUGGCUUCUCACGACGUAGAUAAGAAUGUAAUUGUUCGAUAGAUUCUUGUUGGCAUUCGAGGGUAGGGGAGGAGAAGUGACAUUUGGGUUUUCCGAAAAGAUCGACAACUCAGAGAUUUGGGAAUUGAGAAAUUAAUGAGGUGAAAUAAUGGCCAAUUAUGAAGAAGGGGAAGUUCUCGUUUUGUGGGAAGAUAAUAAACACAUUUUGUCGACAGAUCGAAGAGUUAUUGACCCUCUGCGGAUACAUGUUGUGGGCACUCCUUCUAUGGGUACACUGCGUGGAGAGAAAAAACAUGUUCUCCAACGAGGUGGGGUAUUUGUCGCGACUUUUUCUGUUAAAGCCGACGUGUAUUAUCUUUCAAAUGUGGUUGUUUCCUUGUUAUUUUGAUAAUCUGAAAUGUUCUCCAAUUGCUAUUUAGUUUCACAUUGCCCUGGACUUUCCAAAAAUUAGGAUUUUAUAAUUAAAAGAAACGCUGAAAAAAUGGAAUAUUUUCAAACAGUGUUUUUAGAUAGUAUUGGAAAACAAACCGGAUAGGUAGAAAAAUGCAAAUUAAUAAUUUACAGUAUCUAAUGGUUGUUACGUCGUCAUUUGUCGUAAUAGCCAAUAGCUAUCAGGUCGUUGGUUGCUAUGAUAAAUUAUGCAUUUAUAAUUUUCUUUCCAUCGGAAUCAUUUCGUAAUCUUUAUUAAAAACGUUCAUUGUCAAUGUUUAGGUUGUUUUACUUUUUUUGGUUUUACAAUCAUAAUUUUUAGGGGCUACUUCGUGACGUAAAAUCCAAUGGAAAUUGUGAUAUAUUUUAGAUUAUGAAGAUGAAAAAAUAAUCAAAAUAAUGCCCGAAAGAUAAUCCAUCCGGGGCUUACUAAAUCAUUUGUUAAGUACUGAGAAAGAUUCAUUUGGUCAGGUUUCAUUUUCAACUCUAGUAGUUUUUCAUAGUUAAUAAAGCCUUGGUAACCAUGAAUGAAAUGCAACAUGAGAUGGUAAUUUUGGUGUUCUUUUCCGUUCGACUUAUUGAAAAAAAAAUUGAACGGUAUUUUCACAUGGAGAUUGUAUAUCUGAGAUUGAAGAACGAACGAUGUUAAUUCUUCAAUAGAAUGAAAUAACGCGAGUACAAAGACACAAUCCUUGCCCAGAUCUAGGGGCGAUUGAGGCAAAGUUCACAUUUUUGCUACUUUUUUUUUCAAAUUCAUGUGAUAUGAGAUUAUUUAUUUAUUUUGCCAUGGAAAGUAAAAUUCUCCCCCUUUGUAAUGAGUCUAAUUGAGCUCAGUUGAUAAAUUUAUUGCCGAGUGAACGUUAGAAAAAAGUAAAAAAUGUCCAUUUUGCCUCAGCUUCUCCUGUAUCAAUUGAUAUAGACUUUUUUCUUUCUGUUGAUAUGAUUCUUAUAUUCGACUUUUUUGUCUCUGUUUAACUUUUGUACAGUUAUGAGCACUGUAAAAGUGUUGUAUGUUGGUGAUUAAACAGGCUCUAAUGGGUUUUAUACCUGAGUCUAAUAAAUAAAGAUGGACAGAUAUCAAACGCAAACUGAGGAUUCUGUUGAGCCAAUAGUACUCAAAAUUCUCUGAAGAAAAUGACUGUAGUAGAUAAAUGUCGUGGGAUACAUUUAUAUACAAAAUGACAAUCAAGAUAAAUUGGGCCGGGGUGAUGAAUAACCCCAGUGUAUCCGUUGAGGGUUAAUAACGUGAAGUCAUAGCGAAUUGUAAAGGGGAUGUUCACGUUUUAUGGGAAAAGAUUUCAGGCCAUGAAUGACUCAAAGAGUUGAUAUUAGAAAAAAUUUCAAAAGUGUCCUUUUUAUAAUGCUCACUCCUAUGCUUUGUUUUAUAUCGCAUUGAUGAUUAAGAUGCAUUGUAUUUACCUCAAGGAGAUCAGCAACAGCGUCCGGUAGAUUAAACUCACGCACAACACGUAAUCUCACUUGUCUGUUUAUCUCGUGACGACACGAUAGGGGUAAACUCACAGCCCGUUGACAACUCGGCGACUGUCUGAGUUUUUGUUCGCGUUUCAGCAUCGCAGACAUUGUCAUUGCGUCUGGAACUAGAUUAAAUAGUUUUGUUUUAUUCUGUAGAAAUUCAGUGGAGGAGAAACAGAACAGAAAGAAUUAAUUUCUCGAGGAUGAGUUUUUGUAACAUAUGUCCUGUCAAAGACGAACGAUCUUCGUAAAGCGAAAUGAGAUUUAAAAAACAUUGGUCAUGGGAAUUUUGAAAACAUCUUUAGAUUCAGAUAUAUUUGUCUAAAAAUACUUUCAAGUUGAAUCAAAUUGCUUCGUUUUAACAUUUCCAUGAAUUCGAUUCCUAAAAAAAUUAUGAGUUUUAACAAAUUUGUUAUGUUUGGUAAAAAAAUAUUUCUCUGGGUGGAAAUAGAUUAUUUAUAAUUUUUUUAAGAAGGCCAGUAUCUUUGAUAGGAGCAAUUUUUGAAUUAUUUUAUCAAUUUUACGCCAAAAACAGACUUUUCGAGUUUUUUCGAGACUUUUCUGUUUUUUAAAAGGUUUCUUGACUUGGACACAUUAAAAAAAAUUUCAAACAAAAUUAAAUUGUUUUGUUAUGAAAUUUGCAUGAAGACAUUUUUAAAAAAUUGUUACGUAACUAUUCCAAAAAAUAAUUCAUCACGUGAAAAGAUGAAUUGUUCAUAAAUUAUUUGAAUUUUUGGGGACUCAGAUUCACACAUAUAUAUCAGAAAAAGAUCUUCAAGUAAAACCCAAAUGUUCGGUUUCAACAGUCUAUUGCUAGAUUGAAUCGCAUGGAAACAUGAAAAUUGUUUUUUAAUUCGUAAGAAUUGUUACAAAUAUUUUGUAGAUAGACAUUAAGGUGAAUAAAACAAUUAAAAUGUGGAACAGUACCAGGAAGUGCUGCAGCGAGUACAUCUACGCCAACUGCACCCAUAGACCUUGGUUUCUCAUCGACCAUGUAAAGUGUAUCUGGUAUGUCAGGAAUGUAUCGGGCUCUUCGCAGUCUUACUAGUUCCGCUUCUUGAAUCAUUUGCUCUUCGACUAGACUCUAAAAAUUUGAAGAACGUUAUUUCAAGAUUAUUUCUGGUUUUCAUAUUUUCCCUUCUUAUAUUGGAAGCAAAUUCGAGUGUCAAGAACAGGGAACAUUUCUUGUCGAUGAUGAUUAUUUUUCUUGAAAUAUACUUUUCAAGCCUUGA